AUGAGCUUCCUCAGCAUGCUUCAGAACGACUUGCGCACCCUCUCGCUCGAGGCGCGCAAGAAGUUCCCCCAGAUCAAAGAGACAACAGAGCGUGCCAUUCUCAAGCUGCGCAACGUGGACGAGCAAGAGCACGACCUCGCCAAAAAGAUUGAAGCCGUGGCCAAAGCCGACGAGGUGCUGAAGCCUUUGCUGCUGGCGUGCGACUCCAACAACCCCAAGAUGAUCGCCAUCGGUGUCGGUUCCAUCCAAAAGCUCAUCGCCCAGAAUGCCGCGUCGCUACCCCGCAUCAUGCGGGUGCUGGCGCAGCAGGUGGAGGCCGGCGACGACACGGUGAAGCUGAAGAUCCUGCAGGCCGUCGUGUCGCUGCUCACCACACAGACCAACAUGCACGGCGAGUCACUGUCGCAGUCGCUGUGCAUGUGCUUCCGCCUCCACAAGAACAAGAGCGUGGCCAUCAAGAACACCGCCUCGGCCACGCUCCGACAGAUCGUCACCAUGCUCUUCGAUCGCGCGCUCCUCGAGUUCCAGCAACUCGACGGUGAAACGUUGGAUGCGAUGGCGCAGAGUCCCAGCGAGAAGUCAGCCGUGGGCGACUCGAAUCAGCGCAUGCCCAAGAACCUGCCGCCCUCCAUCAAAGACGCCCACUUCCUCCUGCAGGAUUUGUGCUCGCUCACCGGCGGAGACAACCCGAUCUGGCUGCCCGUGCAGGCCAUCUCGAAGACCUUCGGGUUUGAGCUCAUCGAGGCCCUUCUCUCCACCCACCAACCCCUCUUCAUUCAUAUCUACGAGUUCCAGCUGCUCCUCAAGGAUCGCAUCUGUCCGCUGGUGGUAAAGGCGCUGGGCGCCAAGGCGGGUUUGUUCACGUACUCGGUUCGCCUGCUGCGUUUGGUGGGCACCUUCAUCAGGAACUUCAUCAACCUCAUGCGGUCCGAGUGUGAAGUGUUUCUGGAGCGGAUGGUGCGAAUCAUGUCCCAGGAGACUCCCAUCUGGACGAAGGCGCUCACCCUGGAGGUCCUUAAAGACAUCUGCAGUAACGAGAAGCUGCUCCGGUCGAUGUAUGUCAACUACGAUGCGAAAGCUCUACAGGCGGUCGAGGCCGCGGAUUCGCAACUCGUGUUCGAGGGCAUGGUGAAGGCCAUCGCCCGAUUCGUACAGAAGAUAUUCGACCUCAACAACAAGCUCGUCAUGCACGCUGAACCAGCGCGCACCAAAUGCAUCGACAUGAUGAGCCACCGAGAGCCGCCGGCCACCAUCAGCCUCAGCUACACGCUCAACCUGGCCAUCAUCGACGCCGUGGCAAGCCUCGCCAUCCAAAAGGUCAAAGUGCUCCCCUCGCCCGUCCUCCAAUACGAACCCAUCCGACGAGUGCUUCAAUUCGACAAUCCGUUCGAGGAGGGCGGCGUGACAAAGGUCGAGGUCGUCGCACCGACAGCCAAAACCAACGUCCAGACGCCGCGCAGCCACAUCAACGAAGACGAAGACGAAGAGGAGGAAGAAGAGGAGGGACCCGGCAGCGCCGAUCAACAAUCCGAAGACGAAGACAACACCGCCGCCCAAAAAGAUACAAAGAAGAUGAGCGGGAUGGAGAUCAGCAGGCGCAUGGCGGAGAGCUCGUGGACGUCGAUUCUGCCGGCCCUCGCCCUGAUGCUGACCAAGGCCGGCGACGAGAGCAUCGUGGAGGGCAUCCUGCGCGCCUACCAGCUCUUCAUCCACAUCUGCGGCUCCAACGAACUCAUCGCUCCACGGGACGCGUUCCUGACGUCACUGUGCCAUUUUGCGAUUCCCUCGUCUUCCGUCACCAUCACGGCCGAGACUGGCGGCGAUGACAAGGACGGGACUGAGCCCACGCCCACCAAGACCGUCACCACCAAGAUCCAAGUCUUCGAUGGCGUACUGAUGGGCAAGAACGUGCUGGCACUGCGUACGCUGAUAAGCUUGGCACACGGAAUGGGCGGCAUCCUGGGCAGCGCGUGGCCGCUCGUGCUUCAGACGCUCGAGACGCUCCACUCCAUUCUGCACCCGACAUCCGCCAAGUCCCUUCUUGCCCCCUCUGAUGCGCCCAACCCCACGCUGGAGAAGAAGGGAUCGGCCACGGCGCUGCCCGGUAUCGGCGGCUCGGGCAACGGCGGCCUGGGCGCCUCCUCCUCUGGUGUCAAGACGUCCGACGACUCGUCGCGCGGCAUCGAGCGGCUGCCAUCGCCCAGAGAGAUCAGUUAUUUGUCUACAAGCCUCGAGUCAGUGUUCGAAGGCAGCAAGUACCUCGACGACCAGUCCCUCGAACACUUCAUUGCCGCUCUCGUAAGUGCCACCCUCGCAUCGCUAUCGUCGAAUGCGCUGCUGGCCUACGAGGUGAAGCGACCAGCGACGACGCCCUCCGAUGCGGCCACGCCGGUCAACCACCCGGCGCCCCUGUUUGGUCUGUCCAAGCUGGUGGAUACCGCCCUUCAGAACAUUAUCCGGAUCGACACCACCUGGCCAAUCAUCUCCGCCCACCUCAUCCUGGUGUCCAAUCACAAGGUGCCGUCGGUGCGGAGCUAUGGCGUGGAGUCGCUGGCCAAGAUCAUGGAGACGUCGCUCACCCGGCUGCCCGCGAUCCCGCGCCGCUCCUUCUCGGUGCCCUCGUUCUCGUCCAAGGCCCAGAUCUCGCAGAUCCUCUACGACAUGUCCUCCGUGGCGCCCACCGUCGGCACCCCGCUCGACCAGAGCCCCGCGCCCUCGCUGCCCAUCCGCUCUCCCGCCCCCGCCCCCACCCCACAGCCGAGCACGCCGGGCAUGACGUCGCCGUCUUCUCUGCGGCGGCGCACGGUCGACAAGCAGGCGCCGCCGGUGCCCGACAUGCAGAUCCCGUUUCUGGAGCUGCUCGAUGCGCUCGCCCAAUCGAAGCACACCGACACCCGCUCCAAGACCAUGCAGGCCCUCUUCGCCAUCCUUCAGUCAUCUGGCCAGUCGCUGUCGACGGGGUGGCCGGUGGUGCUGGCGAUCAUCAACAAGGGCAACAACGACAAGCAGCUCAUCCAAGUGGCCUUCCGCUGUCUCGGCUUCAUCUGCUCCGACUUCCUCACCAACCUCCCCAUCGAAUGCGUGGAGAAGGUGAUCGUGGCGAUUGGCAAGUUCGGGCGGCAGACGGCCUUCAUGAACAUCUCCCUCACCGCCGUGGGCCUCCUGUGGAACAUCUCCGACUUCCUCGCCACCGAAAUCAAGGCCCUCCGCAAGCAGCUCGCAGAGGCGGUGGAGAAGGAGGCGGAGCUGAUCUUGGGCUCCUGGCUGAUGGACUCCACCACGUCCAACAAGCUGUGGUUGUCGACGUACCACGAGCUGAAGCAGCUGUGCGUCGACGCGCGGACGGAGGUGAGGAACUGCGCGAUCCAGACGCUCUUCAAGACCCUCUCCACCCAUGGCUCCCUCCUCGAACACGACAUCUGGCCUUCCGUCAUCGCUCAGAUCUUGUUCCCAUUGAUGAAUGAGAUCCGCAACUUGUCGGCGUCGGCCGGUAAGAAUCGAAUCGACACCGAGCUGGGCAAGGAGGGCGGCAAGUCCGUCAUCAUGAUGGUGCACCACACGCGCAACACGGAGGAGAAGCAAUGGAACGAGACACAAGUUUUGGCCCUCCAGGGCAUUGUACAGGUAAUGCCCGGCAACACCUUCUCCCGUGUGUUCCGUACGUACUUCCCGACGUUGAGUGCCCUGCCGGACUUCGCCCAAACGUGGAGCGCCCUCCUGGGACUGUUCCUCUCGGCCGCCACCUCCCACUCGGCCGAAGUCUCCGCCUGUGCAAUCCAAUCGCUGCGCGAGUUGAUGCACCCGCACGUGGCUGACGACCGGUUCGAGCGGCUGCUGUGGGAAGACAUGUGGACCACGCUCCAGCAGAUCGGCGACUACCUCACCCGCCACCACCCGCGCGACCUCCCCUUCUCCGACAUCCCGCAUCAGUCGCUGCUGGAGCUGGUGCGCACGGUGGGCCACGUCCACUCAAAGUUCCGCGGGGCGUGCACGACGGGCGACAUCCGGCGGCUGCUGGGCAUCGUCGGCCCGCUGGCCCUCUACCCGGGCGAGGAGGAGCGCCGCAUCUCGCCCCUCCAGAAGAAGGUCCUCAAGGUCAUCGAGAAGCUGUUGCCGGUCGCCGAAGAGAUCUACCCGGUGGUGUUCAAGCAGCUGACGGACUACGUGACGACUGCCAUCAACUAUGCGCCCGCACCGUCGCCCGCGUCACCGUUGCCGUCGUCGUCGUCGGUGCCUCAGAAGGCGGCGGCGGUACUGCCCGGCCGGCGCUUCCAUCCGCUGGCGAUGAAGGCCAUGGACCUGUCCGUGCGCUGUCUCGAGACCGCGCCGCCCGCAGUCGUCUCCCAGGUCUUCGAAGAGCUCAUCACGGUGUUGGGCGCGGGCAUGAUGCUCAAAUAUGUGAGCUAUGCGUCGCCCCUAUGGCGAACGGCCGUGCGGGCCUUCACCCGCGCCGUCACCCACGCCCUCCCCAUCGUCGCCCGCACACCUGAUCUGGGCGAGGAGCAGGAGCGGCGGGUGUGGACCCAGCUCUACGCGUGCCUGCAGGACUUCCUCUUCCACGCGGCCCCCCGACAGCUGCCGCCAGCCGGCCGGACGGCCGACGAGGCGGCCGAGGACGAGGCCCUCGACGUGGGCUUGGCCGACAUGCUCGCCCUCCACAUGCUCCGCUGCGCCGCCGGGGGAAGGAUCGGUGUUCCAUGCGGAGCCGGCCGACCAGCGGGAGACCUUCGCCGAGGGCUGCUACGCCAAUCUCUGCCGCCUGACGACGAGCGGCGGCUGGCCGCCGGCCGGCCGCUGCCGCGCCACCAGCUGGCCGAGGUGACAGCGCUCCUGCGGCAGCUGCGCGAUCUCCAGCUCCAGCCCGGUCUGCCCCUCCCCGAAACCGAAGCCGAGGAGACCUCCAUGGAAAGUGGUCGGGUGUGGCGGUCGAGAGAGCACCUGCUGCGUCUGUAUCCGCAGCUGUGCGACUGCAUCACGACGCGCGAGGACCAGGUGAAGCCGCUCCUGCGAGAGCUCUUCCACAUCGCCGGCGCCCAAGUGGGCCUCCAGUGA